AUGAAAUCUGACCUCGUGCAAGAAGAGCUGCACCGACAUUCUCCCGACGUAGGAGAUGCCCUCGUGAACGACAAACGCAAAGGUGGAGGGAUCCGUGCAGCUGACAGUCCCCAUGGAGGGCUUUCAAUCCGAAGACCGAAAUUCUAUGUUGGAUGUCUUCCCAAGUCAGAGGAACAGAACAAGGAUGCAGCUCGUGGAGUCGGUGUUGCAGUCGAGGGUCCAACUGCUACAGUUACUCCGUGCUAG